CCGGGGAGACCGGAUAUAGUGAAUGCAGGGUCCGGGGAGAGCGGAUAUAGUGAAUGCAGGAGUCCGGGGAGACCAGAUAUAGUGAAUGCAGGGUCCGGGGAGACCAGAUAUAGUGAAUGCAGAGUCCGGGGAGACCAGAUAUAGUGAAUGCAGGGUCUGGGGAGACCAGAUAUAGUGAAUGCAGGGUCCGGGGAGACCAGAUAUAGUGAAUGCAGGGUCCGGGGAGACCAGAUAUAGUGAAUGCAGGAUAUAGUGAAUGCAGGGUCCGGGGGAGACCAGAUAUAGUGAAAAGCAGGAUAUAGUGAAUGCAGGGUCCAGGGAGACCAGAUAUAGUGAAUGCAGGGUCCUGGGA